GUCGACUAGAAGCCGGUGCGCGUGCGCGAACCGUGCGUCCACGAUUCGUUCCUCGCUUGAGCGGGAAAUUCAAAUUUAGAACUAUUUAGUUAUUUUUUCUGUAAAAAUUCUGAGACUGUGCCUGUACUUUUGUGGUGUUCUUGUGUUGAAAAGGAUAAUUUUAGGUGAUUCGGGCAUGCUGUAAGAUGGGAACGACUAGUUUAAGAUCGCUGCUGGUGGCAGCCAUCUUUAUUAUUAAUUGUAUAUCGUGGACGGCUUCAAGGCAUCAUUUUUCACACAUUCACGGUCACAGAAUAAGACACAGGCGGCAGGGCGCAGGGCUCUUCCUUCCAUCUUCAUAUGUUAUACCCGGGGGAGAAGGCGGCGGUGCGUGGGGGGAGUGGGGCGAAGUUUCUCCGUGCUCUAGGACUUGCGGCGGUGGUGUUGCAAGCCAGAAGAGGAUAUGUUUAGAAUUCGGAUCAGAUGGACAGCCUCUCUGUGCGGGCGGGGACACGAAAUACUUCUCCUGCCAAACUCAGGAUUGUCCAGAGACCUCAGGGGACUUCCGAUCGGAACAGUGCUCUGAAUAUGACAAUGUGAGGUUCCGUGGACAAAAUCACAAAUGGGUUCCGUACACGAAAGCGUCAAACCCUUGCGAAUUAAACUGUAUGCCACGUGGUGAGCGCUUCUACUACCGUCAAAAGGAAAAGGUGGUGGAUGGUACCCGCUGCAAUGAGGAGUCCUUUGACGUGUGUGUGGAUGGUGUUUGCCAGCCUGUCGGCUGUGACAUGAUGCUGGGGUCCAACGCGCGGGAGGACAAGUGCCGGCGGUGCCGCGGGAACGGCACUAACUGCUUCACCAACGCCGGUGUUAUCGACACACAAGAUCUCACUAAAGGUUACAAUGACGUAUUAUUAAUACCCCAAGGAGCGACGAACAUAAUCAUAGCAGAAGUAAACGCAUCCAGUAAUUAUCUCGCCCUACGUGCGAAGGAGGACAACACUUACUAUCUGAACGGAGAUUAUCACAUAGACUUCCCCCGCAGUAUGGUAAUCGCGGGAUCCUUGUGGCACUACGAGAGGAGCCAGCAAGGGUUCGCGGCACCUGACAAACUGCGCUCACUGGGACCUAUCACCGAACCACUUUAUUUAUCUAUUCUUCUCCAAGAAGAAAAUGUGGGUAUCGAAUACGAGUACAGCGUACCAUCAGCUCUGGCGCCACCACCGAACCAGCAGUACAACUGGGUGCAUGAGGAGUUCUCCCCUUGCAGUGCUACUUGUGGAGGAGGCACCCAAACGCGCGUGGUGUCCUGCCGGUCUCGCGAAGAACUCGACAUAGUAGACGACAGUCUGUGCGACGGGGGCCUCAAACCCCCGACCAACCAGACGUGCAACACGGACGCGUGCCCGCCGCGCUGGGUCGAAGGGCCCUGGAGCCCCUGCUCGAAGCCCUGCGGGGAGGGGGGCUCCCGCUCCCGACAGGUGUACUGCGAGAAGAUUAUUGUUCAAGGAAUGAAAACGAUUACGGCUGAUAAAGAGUGCUUCGAUCUGUAUGGCCCCAAACCGGAACUUUACCAGGAAUGUAAUCAGAACGCCUCUUGCCCGACUUGGUUCACUGGCCCUUGGAGACCUUGCGACAAAUUGUGCGGACCAGGAAAACAGAUCCGCGAAGUGGUCUGCUUCCAGAAGAUAAACGGUCGGGUUGAAGUAUACGAUGACGACGAGUGCCCUGAAGAACGACCACCCGCGGAACAAAGCUGCAUAUUGCAUCCGUGUGAUGGAGUCGACUGGGUGGUUACUGAUUGGGCCGGUUGCGACACUUGCCUGUCAAAAAAACGCACACGCCUCGCCCAAUGUGCCACGAAGGACUACCAAGUGGUGAACUCAAGCUUCUGCAGCUACCACCCGCAGCCCGCGCUCGAGGAGCCGUGCGACCCCGACAUGCUGCCCGCCUGUGAGGUGCAGUGGUACGCUACGCAGUGGAGCAAUUGUUCAGUAGAAUGCGGCGCGGGCAACAAGACGCGCCGCGUGUUCUGCGGGCUGUUCGACGGCGCGAGCGUGCGGCCCGUGCCCGACGCGCGAUGUGACGCGCUCGAGCGGUACCGCGACACCGCGCCCUGCGAGGUGCCCGACGCGCUCUGCCCCGCCAAGUGGUUCGCGGGACCUUGGUCUGAGUGCACAAAAGAAUGUGGCGGUGGAGAACAAUACAGGCGUGUCAUGUGUCUGAAAGGAGAAGAGAGCUCGAAAGCCUGCGACGAAGACUCGAUACUGGAGUCGACACAGGCUUGCAAUGUUGGACCAUGUGAUAAAGAUGAAAUGUUACCAGUUGAUUCUAAAUCUACUCCAAUUAUGGAUGAAGAUGACUAUGACGAGGAAUGUCCUGCAGAAGAAGAAGAUUAUCCUGAAGCUGGACUUGAAGCUAAAGAAUCAACUGCUGUUACCUUCUUUGAUGAGUUUAUGUUCAGUGACGCUCCAGUGAGUGAGGGAUCUGGUGAAGCGGUCAGCUUCUCUGAAAUUGAAACCGAGUUCACAACAGAAUCUGGAUCUGGAUCAGAAACAACAUACAUUGAGACUGAAACAACAGAAGAAGGCAGCGGUAUUACAUUUACGGAUCUAUCAACAGAGAGUACUGACAUAACAGCUUCCACUGAUAGUUCUGCAACAGAUGGCUCUACUAUAACUGAAACAACUCUUGAAGGAUCAACGGAAUCUACAAGUUUGGAUACAGAAACUACGGUAACCUCAGAAUCGGAAGCAACGACAGAAACUGGUGAAACCGAGUCUACAUUGAGUACAGAGAGUGGUUCGACAAUCAGUGAAGGACCCACGACAGAGGGAUCCACUGUGAGCGAGGGAACUACAUCAGAUGUCACUACUGAAAGUAGUGAAACAGUGUCAACCGAAUUUAGUACGACUGAGAGCUCUGGAACUGGAAGCACAGAAUCAGGUACUGAAGGAACUGAUACGACCGAAACAACUGCAUCUGGAUCUACGGAAGGAACUGAAACGACUUCAUCAGGUUCCACAGAACCUAGCAUUUCUACCGAAACAUCGAGCGGAACCGACGAAACAACAGCAACUUAUUCAACUGAAACUGAAGGUUCAACAACGGAGACUUCAUCCGAUAGUUCAACAACCGAAAGUGCUACGGAAAGUUCAACAACAGAAAUUUCAACUUCGGAGAGUACAACUGCAGAAAGUGGAUCAACAGAGAGUUCUUCAACUGAUGGAUCUACUGAAUCUUCUACAACAGAAAGUGGAUCCACAGCUGUUUCCACUGAAGAAAGUGGCACUACAGAUGGUUCAACAACAGAAAAUGCGUCGACAGAGAGUUCAACAACAGAAAGUGGCUCUACAGAGGCUUCAACAACGGAAGGUUCAACGAUAUCAACUGAAACAACAGAAAGUGGAUCAACAGCUACUGGUUUGGAAGGAACGACAGAAUCUGGCACAACAGAAUCAAGUGAUGGAAGUACGGCGACAACUGAAAUUAUGUCAACUGAAAGUACUGUGUCAGGAUCCACUGAAGCUACGGAGAGUACUUCAGAAGGCAGCACAGAAAGCACAAUCGAAGGAAGUUCUACAUCUGAAAUGUCCACGUCUGAAGGAACUGGCAGCACAGACAUUACAAGCGAAGGAUCAACAACUGAAGUUUCUGCAACGGAAGAAACUACAUCAUCUGAAGGAACUGGUAGCACUGAAAGUACAAGCGAAGGAAUUUCAACGACGGAAGUUUCGACUACCGAGAGCAGUACAGUUUCUGGAGAAACAGGUAGCACAGAGACCACGGCAGAAGGUGGUUCUACCACAGAAGGUGAACAAAGCACGCUUUCUGGAGGCACUACAUCAUGGGAUUGGACCUCAACCGUUGAAGUCUACACGAAGAAACCCAAGCAGUGCAAACCAAGGAGGAAAAUUGCUAAAUGCGUUAAGAGCAAAUUCGGAUGCUGUCCUGACAGAAAGUCACCUGCGGCCGGACCUUUCGAUGAAGGUUGUCCAAACCCACAAACUUGCCAAGAGACUAAAUAUGGAUGCUGCCCUGACAGUGUCUCCCCAGCACAAGGCUAUAACGACAAAGGCUGCCCCAUCAUGCCAUGUAACCAAACUCUAUACGGAUGUUGCAAAUCUGAUAAUAUUACUGCAGCUCAAGGAAACGAUGAAGAAGGAUGUCCACCUCCACAACCAGCUUGCAAAUCUUCUAAAUUUGGAUGUUGUAAGGACGAUCAAACUGCAGCGAAAGGUGCCAAUAAAGAAGGAUGUCCUGAAACAACACAAACUGUCAAACAUACAACAGAAGUGGCUAAAGAAGAAACCGGUUGCGCGAGCACCGAAUUUGGUUGUUGCUAUGACAACGAAACGGAUGCGUCUGGACCGAAUGGAGAAGGAUGCCCUUGCAGUAUUAGUGAAUUUGGUUGCUGCCCUGAUGGUAUUGGUACAGCUCACGGACCGAACUUGGAAGGAUGUGUAAUGUCAUGCAUCACUUCUGCGUACGGCUGCUGCCCCGACGGCGAGACCCCGGCACACGGACCGGAGCAACAGGGAUGCUGUUUACAAACUGCAUUUGGAUGCUGUCCAGAUAAUUACAAGCCUGCUGAAGGACCACACUUUGAAGGUUGUGGCUGCGUGUACGCACACUUCGGUUGUUGUCCAGACAACAUGACGAUAGCUCGAGGACCCAACAACGAGGGAUGUGGAUGUAAAUACACUGAACACGGAUGCUGUCCAGACAGGCACACACCAGCUCAAGGUCCUGAAUUUGAAGGCUGCGGAUGUAACACGUAUCAAUUCGGUUGUUGUCCCGACGGAGUUACAGUGGCUACCGGACCAAACCUACAGGGUUGUUUGUGUCACCAAUCCAAGUACGGAUGCUGUGGGGACGAGGUCACUGCAGCGAAGGGCCCCAAUGGUGCUGGCUGCGACUGUUCCACUAGUAAAUACGGUUGCUGCCCAGAUGGAGUCACGGAAGCGGCCGGCGAGAAGUUCCUUAACUGUACUGAUGCUCCAGAAAAUAAACAAGCUUCGUGCUCUCUGGCGAACGACCGCGGUACGUGCAGGAACUUCUCUGUACAGUACUAUUACGACAUGACGUACGGUGACUGUCUGCGCUUCUGGUACGGAGGCUGCGAGGGCAACGGCAACCGGUUCAAUAGUCAGGAUGAGUGCGAGGCUGUGUGCGUGCACCCAUCGCCCAAAGACGCAUGUAACUUGCCCAAGGUGAAGGGUGGUUGCCAAGGCUACUUCGUGCGUUGGUACUAUGACUCUGCGCGGGAGCAGUGCUCGCAGUUCGUCUUCGGCGGUUGCCUCGGCAACGCCAACAACUUCGAGUCGCUGGAGCUCUGUCAACAACAUUGUGAACCUGAGAAGACUGAGGACCAAUGCAACCAACCGAUAUCGCGCGGGUCGUGCGCGGGCAACUUCCUGCGCUGGGGCUACGACGCGGGCUCGCGGCGCUGCUCCCAGUUUAUCUGGGGCGGCUGCGAGGGCAACGCCAACCGGUUCGGCUCCGAGGCCGCCUGCCUGCAGCGCUGCAACCCGCCCGGCGCUCCGCAGACCGCAUGCUCGCUGGCACAAGAUGCCGGCAACUGCUUCAAGAAGCAGCCGGCGUGGUCGUUCAGUGUGUCGGAGAACAGAUGUGUGCCAUUCUAUUACUCGGGCUGCGGUGGCAAUGACAACCGUUUUGACUCCGAACAGGCCUGCUCUGAAUCCUGCCCUAGUGAAUAUGUACAAGAAAUAUGCACACUGCCUGCUCUUACUGGUGAAUGCGCGGAUUAUACUCAACGUUGGUUCUUCGAUACCGCCAAGAGGAGGUGUCGUCAAUUCUACUACGGUGGAUGUGGAGGUAACGCUAACAACUUCGCCAGCGAGUGGGAGUGCGAGAAUCGCUGCUCAGAACAGAUCCUCACCACCACUGUGCAACCUGCAACUCAUCAGUCAGAGUUCUGUUUCCUGGAGCUGGACCCGGGCCCGUGCACGCAGCUGGAGGCGCGCUGGGGCUACUCUGCGGCGCGCGGCGCCUGCCUGCCCUUCCAGUACGGCGGCUGCGGCGGCAACCGGAACAACUUCCCCAGCCUCCAGUACUGCCAGUACUACUGUGCGACUACGCAAGACGUUUGCCAAUUACCAAUGAUGUCGGGUCCAUGCGAAGGCUCACAGAUGCGUUGGUUCUACGAUGCUGCGUCUGACUCCUGUAGCCAGUUCACUUAUGGUGGCUGCGAGGGCAACGAUAAUAGGUUCGAAACUAGAGAUGAAUGUGAGCGUCGCUGCAGAACUGGCGCAGCACCAAGCACUACAACUGCUGCUCCGAGCAUACGCAGCGAGUGCGAAGUGCUACCAGAGCUGGAGGAGUGCGAGGAGGCGGGUGAUGUGUGGUACCUGAAGCCGGGUGUGGGCUGCGUGGCGCACCGCAACGCGCCGAGCGGCCGCGCGUGCCGACACGUCGCCGCGUGGGACUCGCAGGAGGAGUGCGAACGCUUCUGCGGCUCCUUCCAGGGACUCGACGUGUGCCGGUACCCCAUGGACCCGGGCCCGUGCCGCGAGGCGGUCCCCAAGAUAUACUACGACGCAGCGAGUGACCGCUGUCUGCCGUUCUCGUACGGCGGCUGCGGCGGCGGACCCAACCGCUUCUCCACUGAGCAGGAGUGCGAGGGCGUGUGCAGACCUAAUGCCGAUCCAUGCCAGCUUGAGGCCGAGCCGGGCAACUGCUUGGGCAACGAGCAAAUGUGGUACUACGAUAUGUACAGGAAGCAGUGCUUGCAGUUCUCUUACAGCGGAUGCAAUGGAAAUGAAAAUAGAUUCGCGACACAAGCUGAAUGUGAGAGCCGCUGCUUAGCCACCACACACACGGCCAUUCCGAUUACGAAUGCGACUACAACAACGACCACGACCACGACUACGACCACGACCAUGGCUCCAACUCCACCUGGAUCUUUAGAAAACAGAUUCAACGACGAGUGCAGUACGCCCGCGUCGCUAGCGCCGUGCGGCCGCAACGUGUCCGCGUACUACUUCGACGAGCGCACGCAGGCGUGCGUGGUCGGCGACGUGGGCGCGUGCGGGCUCAGCAACGUGUACCGCUCGGAGGAGGAGUGUGAGCGGCGUUGUGGGGCCUUCCGCGGACUCGACGUGUGCAAUUCACACCUCGACCCUGGCCCAUGCAUUCACGCGAUCGACAAAAUAUACUGGGACCCGACGACGGGCCGCUGCCUGCCCUUCGCGUACGGUGGCUGCCUUGGAGGACCCAACCGCUUCUCCUCCUACGAGGAGUGCCAGGAGGUCUGCGGGGACUCCGGACCAGAGCGCGCGUGCCUCGAGGCGGUGUCGUCUGGCGCGGCGUGCGCGCGGGGCGGGGGGGCGCAGCGCCGCUGGCACUACCGCGCCGGAGACUGUGUCGCGUUCGUGUUCGCGGGCUGCGGCGGCACCGCCAACAACUUCCGCUCCUACGAGGAGUGCGUCCGCCGCUGUAUACCGCCACUCGAGAACAACGAAGUUGUGCCAGUCGACUGUUCCGAGGCUCUCGCGUCAUGUACGUUCCUACGCUGCGAGUUCGGUGUGCAGCGGUCGCGUGACGCGUCCGGCUGCGAGCGCUGCUCGUGCGUCACGCGCGAGGCGAACUGCGCGCCACUGCGGCAGGAGUGCGACACGCUGCAGUGCGCGUAUGGCAUCGACUGGUACGCUGAUGCUGAUGGCUGCACGAGAUGCCGCUGUUUCGAACAUCCUUGCGCAAAUAAACAAUGUCCUGAGGGAGAACGCUGCGUGGCUUCAACGUACAGAGAUCCUAUCACACAAGAAGCUGCUUAUUCUGCUGACUGCAGAGUCGAAAACAAGCCAGGUUCAUGUCCAGUGGACGUCCCAACCACGGUAACAGAGGGGCCGUGCAGACACGAGUGCAACGACGACGCGGACUGCAUCGGCGCGGGCAAGUGCUGCGAGCGCGCGUGCAGCCGCGUGUGCGCGCCGCCCGCCGCGCCCGCGCCCCGCACCGCCACCGCCACCGCCACCGAGAUGAGCUACACGCCGCGCACGCCUUACGUACCUGAGCUGCCGCACGCGCCGGUGGCGAGCGAGCGGGCGGAGCCCGAGGUGCGCGCGGCGGAGGGCGGCACGGCCACGCUGCGCUGUCUGUUCCACGGGAACCCGCCGCCCAAGAUCACCUGGCGCCGCGGGGAGAUCACGAUCGACGGCGACGUGGGCCGCUACCGGCUGCUGUCGGACGGCGCGCUCGAAGUGGUGUCGCUGUACCGCAACGACUCCGGCGUCUACAUCUGCGUCGCGGCCAACUCGCUCGGCGUCGCGCAGCAGGAGGUCUACCUGCAUGUUGAUGAUCCAGUGAGAGGGCCCGCCGGGAUCGCGGGCGUGCCCAACACGAUCAUCGUGGGCACGAUCGGGCGCCCGCUCAACGUGCGCUGUCUCGCGUUCGGCUACCCCAAGCCGACCAUCUAUUGGUACAGAGGACGCAACGGGCCGAUGGUGCCGUACAGUAGCUCGCUAUACGAGGCGAGGGAAAACGUGUUGCAAAUACGCAAGUUGAGCGUGGAGACGCUGGGAGAGUACCUGUGCCAAGCGUACAACGGGAUCGGGAAGCCGGCGGAAUGGACGUUCUCGGUGACGUCAUACGAGGAGGGCGCUUCGCCGCCGCCUCGCACCGAGCCCACCGCACCCACCGCGCCCACCGCACCGCCCACCACCGAGAUACAAGUACCCGUCUACACUGUGCCGGUAACGACGCGUAUCCGCAUGGAGGCGACGCGCGUGCACGCGGGCGCCACGUUCAGCGUGCCGUGCGAGGUGGACGGCUACCCCGUGCCUGACGUCAGCUGGACCAAGGACGCUGAGCUGCUCACGUCCAACGAUAGGAUACAAGUCACCGAGGCUCGUCUAACGAUAUCGCACGCAAGCACGAAUGACAGCGGCUUGUAUAGCUGCGAGGCGGCCAACGCCUACUCUUCACACUCUUCCACGGUUCAGAUCACCGUUGAAGGUCUGUACAUCCCGCCCACGUGCAAGGACAACCCGUACUUCGCCGACUGCAACCUCAUCGUCCGCAGUAACUACUGCAACCAUCAUUAUUACUCAAGGUUCUGCUGCAAGUCAUGUGUAGAAGCUGGUCAGCUCGAUCCCAUGAAGUUAGACAUGCAGUCCAACUUGGUCGACCGGCAGUAGGCUGAGGACGCAUAGAAAUAGAUAUAUAGAUAGAUACGACAUUCAAUGUAACACAUACAAACACACACACAAAGUCCCAAAUUCGAUAGUAAUGUAGUGUAUAAACAAUUGAAAAUUCAUAAUAAUUUGGGUCUUAGCUUGACGCAUACCUAGUUAAAAUUAAGUCGCGUAAAUAUCUGAAGAAAGCAAUAUAUCCACUGAACACUUAUUGCAUUAGUAUAAGUCGUGCCUUCAACAAAAACAGGAAGUAAACAGUAAUGUUACCUUUAAUCCACAUGUAAACGAAAGAAGUAAAGACCCAAAACAGAGAGAUUAUAUCGUACUUAAUGUCAUAAAAAUGAGAAACUCAAUAUAAAUAAAAUCAUUAUUUGCACAUUGUAAUAAAUUUCUCUCGUGUUUUGUUCUAUCGGAAUAUGACUUUCUUUAUGAAUUGACCCGUUAAAGGUCUAAAAUAUAAGAAAAUCAGAAAAAUAUUUGUUGUUGUCUUUGUUGCGUAUGUAUUGUAUUUUAGCAAAGCUAGCGGAAAUUUCCAAUUGCAAAACACAUAGUGCCAUAUUCAAGAUAUUGUUUACAAUAAUAAGUUCAUUAUGAGUAGGAUUGAACUCUAUUUGAAGUUAUUUUGAUUGUUCUCCAAACUGCUUAAGGUCUCUAACUUGUUUUUACUUAUAAACACUAACUCUAUCUUAUCCAUUCCAGUUUUUUUCAAAUGCCUAACCUUUACAAAUUAACAAAACAUAAACACUACUACGAAUGUAUUACACGUGGAAUGUUACAGACAGCAUUACCAAUAGACUUAAUAUUGUAGAUAGAUUAAUUUUAUGUAAAUACUUACGUCACAACUAGGUAAUACUCGUAUAAUAUAAUAUUCAGUCACAAAUAUAGAGCAUAAGACGAAACUUUAUACUUUGUGUUUCAAGAAUAACCUACAAUAAAUAAAGUAAAUUUAUACAUGAAACAUAAAUUUUCGACGUAUUUAAUCCAAAUUGUGCAAUAAGUCAAACGUAAGGCAUGUAUGAAGUAGGUACUACACGUAGUGCUAGAAUGAAUUAUUUAUUUCAUGUGUUAAUGAAAUGCAUAAUGUUUCAUAGCAAUAAGUUAAUGUAACUGUGAGUCAUAAUAAACUUUUUAAGGCAUUUUUAUAAUGUUACAGUGUAAAUAUAUCAACAAUAAAUUUUAUAAGUGCUA